AUGAAAAUUGUGCAAGGAAGAACAGCUGCUCGUAACUAUGUUCAAAAUGAAUUUAACAAGUGGCAGCAUAGAAUACAACGUUGUGUUCAAGAUUGCGGUGAUGCUGCUAUGGACAAAAUGCCCAGUGAGAGAAAUCGGAGUGAAAAUGAGUUGAAUAAAUAUAUAAAAGAAGCAGAAGGAUGUACGUCACAAUGUUUUACAAAAUACAUUACAAUAUUACCACAAUUGAGCAAUAAGAUUGUUGAUAAUUUGUCCAACAAAAAAAUGUAA